AUGCUUAACGACGAUCAUGCAGCCGAAACAAAUGCCGAUGGUUCGAGGAAUUCCUUGGUCUGGGAUGUUGUAGAUGAAGAGAUAAAAGAUCUAUACACAUUCAUGAUAACAAUCCUCAGACAAAGAGCAAUUGCCGAAUCAACAGUUGAUCCAACGAUCAAUAAAGACGAUAGAGCCAAGGAAUUGAGUGAUGCUUACGAUUUCUUCAUAGAGCAAGAUGAUUCCCAUCUUAUAAAUGGUCAUCAUCUUGCUCAAAAUGAUGGCAAGUUUUGGUACAUGAAUGGCAUAAAGCAACUAAAAGCAAUAAGACCAAUUGGAAAAAGGAUGAUGUCACUUUCGUGCAGUGAAGCAGAUGUAGAACGGGUAAUAUCUGAAUUGCGAAAGACAAGAAAUUCAAUGAACGAAUCAUGCAAAGAAGAAUAUGUAGCAUGCCGCUUCUUCAUCAAGUUGAAUGAUGAUCAAUUUGAUAUUUGA